GCUCCUGACACAUACUCAGCAAGUGUUCUACAGGAGCAUUUACAAUUCGGCUUCUCCAUGGUGUCUCGCAUGCAAGCCCAGGUCGGUCCGUCUUACGUUGAUCGUUACAACUUUAAGAGUGGCUGCAGGUGAAAUAUCUGACUUUCGAGUGUACAUCUGUCACCAUUUCGGACGAUGAUCUUCACCGAAUGAUACAAGGUGCAUUUCUGAGCUACCUUACAUUACAAACCAUUCCAAAUGCCCUUAGCUAACAUCGAAUGGUUCGCCUCGCACUCGGACAUGACAUUCCUCCUUCCAUUCGUCAUAUCCCAUCAUGAUCCUAACACGUCCUACUGGCCACCUGUCCAAGAGCAAGGGAUGCAAGCGCUCCCAGUUCUUCUGAAAGCACACGAAGAGCGAGUUUCCGUCAGUAUGGCUUUGUUCCCGUUUCAUGCCCUUUCUUCCAGAUGUUGGCAGUUCGCCCCUUUUGACCCGUUGACCAGGCUCCCGGUAGUUAUUCACUGAAGAUGAAGCUUUCUAUCAAGUAACGAUGUGCCCUCCACUAUUCCAUUUUAUCUCCAUUAUGUAUUGUCACAUUUCUUAUCCCGCUCAAUUCUGCACCUCCUCCCGUACUGGAUUGUCUUCCUUUAUGUGUGGUUAUCUCGGAAACCUUACAACUAUUCCAACGAAACUUUGAAG